AUGUCAGACUGGACCGAUCCAUUACACUACUCCUCCGAAGAAAGAGAUGAAGAUGUUCGAAAGGGACGAGAUCUCGAUCAACAUCCUUUCAAAGUGAAGGGAAUGACUGAUGCUUCAAAAUUUGUCGACCAACUCGACACUACCAAUACAGCAAAACACGGAAAUCGAGCAGAUUAUAUUUAUGGUGGAGGAAAGGAGAACUAUACAAGCCCGGAGGGUGAUCAUGAUAUUAAGGAACGUCUCCGAACUCAUGUCUAUCGCAGCGUGGGUGAUGUUGGUGAAGUGAGUGACAAGCCAAGACUUUCAACAACGUCGUCGAAGGUGAAUAGUCAUGAAAAUCAAAAUAAAUGA